AUGCGCUUACUAGUACUUUUCUGCAUCUUCCUUUACCUCGUUGGAGUCAUCCAAGCUGCACCUACUACAAAUACUACUACUACUAGUAGCACUCGUAGUAACAUUACCGAAGCCCCAUCAUUCACAAACAGAACCCUGUGGAACAUCGUCUCGAGCUGCGUUCUCACUCUAUUCGCAUGCAUUUACAGUGCCAUUCACCCCAAUAUCCCAAGUCCGAAGGACAGCCCCAUUCUUAUUCUAUGGCGACGACUUGGUAUCAUGAUAAUGACACUAAUCGUUCCUGAACUCAUCGUCAUAUGGGCUAUGCGCCAGUGGAUCAGUGCUCGUCAUGUUACCAAAAAGUUUAAGGAAUCGGGAUAUUUUGGUGUUCUUCAGCUGCAGGAGCAGCCUAGAGGCAACUCACUAUGCACGACCUUAGAUUACAGGUCCAUCGAAGCAACUACGGAGCAAUAUGUCGAAGAUCGUGAUAGCACCCGGCUUCUUGUGGCAGAUCCUGAAGCGCCCACCCCAAGAUAUGGGAGGUCUCGUGCUCUUGCGAAGCUGUUUAAAAAGUUGUUCAAAGCUUAUGUUUCAGAGCAAUCUGAGGAUUAUACAUGGACUCAGACGCACAGCUUCUUUGUACUCAUGGGUGGUUUCAUGCUUUAUGUGGACGGGAAACCCUAUCGUACACUACAGUAUGAUGACAUUCUCAAACUGAUAGAUAAGGGGUUUAUCGACGUCCCUACCCUAACGGCAAAGCAAAUCCACGACAAGAGCAAAGGCAAUGCGAUAUCGAAAGGGUUGAUCAUCCUUCAAGUGGCCUGGUUUAUCAUGCAGCUCAUCACCCGCGUCAUCUAUCACCUCGAAAUCACCCAGCUCGAAGUGGGGACACUCGCUUUUGCGGUUCUCAAUUUCCUCACUUAUGCUGUAUGGUGGGACAAGCCUCUCGACGUGCAAUGUCCACAUCCAGUGUACUGGAAGUCGACCGAGUCAAGGCCAGAGGAUUAUAUUGGUGUUGUUGUUGAAGAAGAAGAAUUAACUGGGCUUAAAAGGAUGUGGGACCCAAUCCUCUUCCCAAUCCUAGAACUGUCACUGGGCGGGGGCCGUCAAACUUCCACAUUUCGAAAGCUCCGAGUUCAAACAUUUGAUGGCAGUAUCGAACUCGAGAAGUCGGACGUGGCAGUUCUUGUGGCUGCUGGAUUUCUCAUGGCAACCAUAUUCAGCAGCGUCCAUUACGAUUUCGACAUAUUCAAGCGGCUCCAUGUAGCCGAAAUUUUCAUUGGCCCUGUGAUCUUUAUAUCUCCCAUAGUGUACAUCACAGGACGUGGCAUUCUCUUGGUACUCAUGUUCACCACUUUACGCAAUCUUCCUCCUGGCGUAUACCAGGUGGUGUCAUGGACCGCUUUGGUGCCGCACUUGUAG